AUGGGGUACACCUUCGCGAACUCCAUGAGGGAGCCGUCGGAGAGCUUCCUGGACUCGUCGAACUUACCGCGGCGGAGGGACGUCUCGAAGAUGGGAGGAGAAAGAGCGUCCGUCGCCGCGCGCGGCAGUGUAUUCGAGUGCGUCCGCGUUCGUUCGUUCGUUCGUUCGUUCGUCCGUUCUUUCGUUACAAUCGCGUUCUCUGCUGGUCGUCACAUUACUCUGGAGCGCCGUUCGCGCGCGCCCACCGCAGCACCUCCAUGUGGCCAUAUCGCGCGGCCCCGGCGCAAAUCCUCUCGUCCCACGGAGCGCUGUUCGCGCGCGCCCACUGCAACAUCUGCAGGUGGCCGCCCAUCGCGGCUUCGGCGCAAGUCCUCUCGUCCCACGGGCAGCCUUCCGCGCGCGCCCACUGCAGCAUCUCCAGGUCGCCCACAGACGCGGCUUCGACGCACAUUUCCUCGGCCCACGGAGCUAGGGGUUCGUUCUCUCGUUCCCACUCCAACAUGUACUCCAACACGUGCAGGUGGCCGCCUUCCGCGGCGUCGGCGAAAAUCUCCUUGCCCCACGGGCAGCCGUUGUCGCGCGCCCACUGCAGCACCUCCAGGUGGCCGAAUGCCGCGGCCCCGGAGCAAGUGUACUCGCCCCACGGGCAGCCUUCCGCUCGCGCCCACUGCAGCAUCUGCAGGUGGCCGCGCAUCGCGGCCCAUUCGCAAGUAUUGUAGUCCCACGGGCAGCCUUCCGCGCGCACCCACUGCAGCAGCUCCAGAUGGCCGCCAUCCGCGGCUCCGGCGCAAGUCCUCUCGUCCCACGGUGCUGGGGGUUUGCUCGCGCGCGCCCACUGGAGCACCUCCAGGUGGCCACCUUUCGCGGCAAAGACGCACGUAUUCUCGUCCCACGGGCAGCCGUUCGCUCGCACCCACUUCAGCAACUCCAGGUUGCCGCGUUUCGCGGCCCAGGCGCAUGUCCGCUCAUUCCAUGGACAUCCGUUCUGGCGCGCCCACUCCGCGACCUCCACGUUCCCGCCCACUGCGAUGCACCCGAACGUCGUCUUCCAAAAUCCUCGUCGGUUCGUCGACUCCUCCCACGGACACCCUCGCUCCUUCGCCCACGCCAACCUGCUGA